CAUGUUUGCUUGUGACAUAUGCGGCACAGCAUGUAAGACACCUGGUGACGUGGCGCAUCAUAAAAUACAGCAUGAAGGUCCCCAUGCCUUUAUAACAGUUACAGAAGAUGGUGAGAGGGUCUACCAUUGUGACACAUGCACACAAACCUUCUCAAAUAGCUCACUACUUUUAAAACACAUGAAAGAUCACCAUGGUGAUAAACCUUACCGCUGUAAUCAUUGUGAACUAAGGUUUGCAACGCUACCUUUCUGGAGCCAGCAUAUGAUGAGACACAAGGGAGAAAAACACUUUGAGUGUGACAUAUGUGGGAAAAAGUUAUGCGAUGUGAACUCCUUAGGGCAUCAUAGAAAAAUUCAUUCAGGUGUUAGGAAACACAUGUGCCAGAUAUGCGGCAAAAAGUUCAUUACGUUACAUAACCUAGCAGUUCAUGAAAGUAGCCACAGUGAUUUUAAACCACACAAAUGUACCAUAUGUGGUAAAGGAUAUCAACAUAAGGCAAUGGUAACCCGACACAUGCGUAACACUCAUAAAAAUACCUUUAUGUGCCAAUCAUGUGGGGCAAGCUUUUCACGGAAAGAUAACCUUAAAGCUCAUGAGAGGAUCCAUACUGGCGAGAAACCAUAUAGAUGUGAAAUAUGCGGAAAAGGGUUUGCUCAGAUGGCAUCUCUAAAAUGUCAUGAUAGAACUUGUAAUAAGAAUGUGCAUCAGAUACAUAAAGAGACCUUUGGUGUUCACUAUAUGGAAACGAGUGGACAUGUGGAUAUGUCCAUAUAGUGCUUUCAAAGGAAUUCAGUUGAGUCGGGUCCAAAACCCUUCAUACGAGUA